GCCGCAAAAUUACUUCAGUUUCGUUUUCGCUUUUCGCCGUUCAGUUCAGUACAGAGCGAGUAGCGAUAGUGAUCGGUGCGCGUGUAUUCUUUUCACAUAACAAACAACUCUUAUAGUAACUAUAUUUCAUACAAAAAAAAAAUAAUACACAAAUGAAGAGAAAGAUAAAAAAUUAAAUGUAUCAUAAAAUUCUAAAGAAAGUGUAUAAAAUUCUAAAUGAACUCAGAACUACCAGUGGAAGUUGAAUAAGAAACGGUUUCAGAUUUAAAGGAAGAUGAAAAUCAUAUUUUAAGCGAUUUUGACUGUACUUUGCUACAUCCCAACAAGAGAAAAUUGUCGCAAAUGCCGGUACAAGUUAUUCGCUGAAAUCCAAAACUUCCUCAAAGUAUCUGAACUCCUGAACAACUCAACUUUGAGUAUUUUUGAGUUAUUUGUGAGAUGAAAACAGACAGAACAUUUUCUAAUAAAUUUUCAUAAAAAAAUAAAUAAAAAACAAAAGAAAGAAAAUAAUAGUGAAUUUGUUGAAAAAAAAAGGCAAAAUAAUCAAUAUUUCCUUUUUUUUAUAAAAUAUUUGAUAUGACGAAGGCGAUUAGGCGUAGGAACAAAACAAAAAUGAACUAAAUAAUGACUGUGACAUUCAAAAUAUAGGAAAGCAAAUUCUACCAAUUUAUUGAAAUGUUCUCAGGAAAGUGUUUUUUGAGUGAUUUUUGAACAGUAAAUUCUAGUAAAAGAAAAAGUUGCCGUAUUUGAAAAAAUAAAAGUGAACUAUAAAUGAUAUAUAGACUAAUAUAUCCUCAAUUUCUUAAAUGUUUUGAUAUAAGACACUGAUCUUUACCAUUUAUAAGUAUAAUAUAGAAGUCACAAGUAUAGUGUAUUUGUAAUUAUAGAUUUUUGUACUUUUAUACGGUUUUGUACUUUUAUAUGUAUAACAAACACUAUCAACUUAUUGUAAGAGACACUGUGUAAGAAUAUCCGUGCUGGACAUUUAUUUUUUGUGUGUGAUUCUCCCUGAAGUGGUGAAGUACAGGCCUAGGUCUUAUCACCCGGAGAACCAAUUAUAAGUGAGGACUAGGGAGGUUUGUUUUUUUUGGUGAGUGUUGUGUUAAGGACCCGCUACGAAAAUAGCUACCCUAGCAGCUGCGUUCCACCCGCUCCAGCAUCAGCACUAUCCGCUGCUUGCUAUGGCCCCGCGGAGGAACAACGGAGCCCACCACGCUUCAGUGGUUGAGAUGCACAAUCUCCUGGGCAUGGACCCGGACAGUCUCGAUGCAGUGCCCAAUGGUAGCCCAGGGGCAAAUUCAGACCCAACUUCAGCCCUCCGGUGCUGUGUGCCAACCGGGGAGUGCUUGAAGGCUGGGGCCCUGGACCUAGGGCUUAUCAGUCCGGACGAUAUUCGCGAGUGUGUCCGUGUUGUGUGCAACAACGAACACUGCACUGCCGGUCAGUUUAUGCAUCGCGAGUGCUUUGAGACUUGGGAACAGGGGGUUUUGUCCUACCUGAAGUCUAUCGGUAGGGCCCGGUCCUGGUCUGAACGUCAGCGUCAGCAGAACCUGUGGACCAAAAAGGGGUAUGAUUUGGUGUUUAAGGCUUGCUCCUGCAAGUGUGGCAGAGGGCACUUGAAGAAAGACCUCGAUUGGGUGCCACCGGCAGCACCCGGUACCUUCGGUCGCAAUGACGACGAAGCCAGUAAGAAAAAGAAGAAGCGCAAUCGCAAUCAAAAGCCUAUUUUGCUAAUCUCAACUGGCACGUCAAAUGCCUACCAUCCCAAUAGCCAAAUCAAUGGCAAUGGGAUCUUGGCUACUCAGGAGAUACGUGGUCGUACUGGAUCACUAUCAUCCAGUAAUGGAUCCACUUCGCCUCCUGCUUCGGCAUCCAGUGAGCUCAGUGUCUCACCAAUUCACAAUGGCAAUUCCGGUGGGAAAAAGCAGAAAUCCAAGAUUGAGAUCCACUCUGAACGGGUUCGUGCUGGAUCUGGAUGCAAUGGUAUCUUUUCGCGUCGUUUGGACUUCUCCAGCUUCAACUUGUUGCCCAAGACACGGCUCAACUCCUAUCAAAUUAAGAUGGAGGAUGAGGGCAACCAUGGCAAUGAUGAGACGAGAUUAUUCAUUUUGUCCUCAUUGGCAUCCCAGCAGAGAAGUCGAGUGGCGUGCAUCCUGUGCGAAGAACCCAUGUUCGUCUUCGACCGAUACCCCCUUGUUGACGGCACAUUCUUCCUUAGCCCGAAGCAACACGCAAAGGGAUGCAUUGAGGUGAAAUAUGAAGGACGUACACAAUAUUUGACGUCAGUUUGCAUGGGAUGUCUUGAGGGUAUUUCUUCUGAUCGAAUAAUCCGUUGCAGAUUCUGCGGCCAGAAAUGGGAUGGAUCUUCCCUAGUGUUGGGUACCAUGUAUUCCUACGAUAUCUUUGCUGCAAUGCCAUGUUGCACCGAACGACUAAAGUGCAACAACUGCUUCAAGUUGCUACUGCAUCCAAAUCAGCGGCUGAACUUCUUUAGUGACUACAGCCACUUGGUAUCGUGCCCCUAUUGCACAAGUCACGAUACGCACUUUGUAAAGCCUCUGGCAUACUGCUACACCAAGCAGCCCCUGCAGGUCUUCCAGCAGUGGCCAUAACAUGAAGCCCCGCUGGAGUCUCUAACGCCGCCACCGCUGCCGCCGCCCCACAAAUCCACGGCGCAGGUGAGGCCAAGCCAAGCAUUUAACUCAAGCAAUGAUUCAAUAGUGAGCUCCAUCAUGCAAGAGCUCAAGACAAUGAAGCUUGGGCAUGGGUAUAUGGAGCCAGGCAUUAUGCCACUAUCCAUGCUCAAUGGAGAUUCCAGCAGUAUUUCCAAGGCCCAAUGGGGCAAAAAUUCAUUGUGGGGCAUACCGCCGACUAGUCCCUGCUCGGCUACAUCCGUCAGGACAACCUACAAUCCGAGCAGCAGCCAUAGCACCAGCAGCAAGGAGUCCCUCUGGGCCUCCACACAGUCCUCACCAAACAGUCACCCGUUGGGCACGAAUCUCUGGGAGAGUCCGGUAUCGAAACUCUCUCAGGCCACCCUCAUGUCCUCGGGCUCGUCCUCCAGUAAGGAUUCCGUGAGUUCUAUAUGGUUUACACCGCCUCAGCUGCACAGUCCCAAUAUGGUGACAUCGACACCGAAUAAGGUGCCUGAUGUGUGGGAGGCACCAACGGGUCUGCUGAGGACACCAACAGUGCAGAAGAAUGGAGAUAGCAGCAUUCCAAGGCUCGUGAGGCCCCAAGAAAUUUCCGGCUCAAAUGGUUGGAUCAGUGAUUUGUCGAAAUCUUCAAAAGAUUCCGUUAGCUCUCUCUGGGCCACACCAACGACUCCACCGGCCAAUACCGCCUAUCCAGGUGCCACCUAUUCCAAUUCCGCCGGAAAGGCAGCCCUGACCUAUACAUCAAAGCGCUUCCCGCAAGCCAAUGAUAGUCAAAAUGCGGCCAACUCCUGUCUGCAGCUCUUCUCCGAUGAAUUCCUCAACUAUCUCAAUAUGAUCAAUUAAUUUAUAUCUUCUAGGGCAAUUGAAUCAUUCACUACCCCCACGUCCAUCAUUACACCCCUCCUCCUGAGCCCCCAAGAAAAAACUCAUCACAUAAUUGUUGAUUUUUAUUAUUUUUCCCCCCAUUAAACAAUUUUUAGUUAAUAUCAUUAUAGAUUUUUAGGAAGGAUAUAUUGAAAUAAUUUUUUUUUUAUAUUUUUGCUUGUUUAUUUUUCAUUGAAUUUUGAUUUUCAUUGUUUUAUUUUUUAUUAGUUUUUUUUAUAUAAACAAUAAAUCCAUUCAAAGGUAAUUCCUCGGCAAGUGUUGUUGCUUGGAGUAAAUCAACGUAUAAAAUGUGGUAUAUCCUCUUUUCUGAUUGUCGCAAAAAUUAAUUAUUACUAAAUAGUCUAAUCUCCAAGUCCCCCAUAAAACAUGGAAAAUGCUUUUAGUGCAUGAUUUGUGAUGCGGGGACGGAUACAAAGGUGGAUUUUGUGAAAGUAUUUGGAGGUAAGGGCAUGUUUUAUCUUAUACUUAUCCCAAUAGCCAUAAAUGAUUAGAGUCACUGAUGAUAAAUCAGACCACAACAGCAAAGAGAAAAGUGGAGUAAUUUCUGCAGUGAUACAGAUUUUAUAACAUUUAAGAUAUAUUUGGAGGAAUAACGAUUUCUUAAAUGAUAUGAAUUGUAUUGUAGGAAUAAUUAGGAUUUCCAGGUUUUUUAUAAUAAUUAAUUUAAAAAAAAAGAAUAGAGGUAUAUUAUUAAAAAAAAAAGUGGUAAAGUCAGGAAUAUUAGAGAGAUGUGGUUGAUGAAUAAAAAAAACCAAAACAUCCAAUUAUAUACAUUUUUAAGGCUAAAAUUCUUAAGAAUUGUAAAAAAAAUUCUUAAGAAUUAAAAUGUACAUUUUUACAAAGAAAAAAAUAUUGUGGGCAACGAGAAUUGGAUUGAAUGAGAUUUGCGUGAAAUGAGUUCAAAACUCGCUGUGACAAAAUCAUUCAAUUGGUAGAAUUAAAUUAGGUAAAAAAAACCCAAAAAAAAAUCAUUGGCAUUUUUAGGACUAAACUCUAAGAAGUUGGUUUUUUUUUAAAAGACCUCUUUAAGUUACAAACUUUCCACAAAUGUGGUUAAUUUUUGUGUUUUGUUUUCUGUAGUUCUCUUUUUUCUUGUCUCUUUAGGACUCUAUUCGAGCGAUCGAAUUUCGAUUUUAAACAAAUUAGAAAUUGCCAAAAAAAAAUCUUUUCAAAAACAAUUUAAAUUAAAAAAAAAAAUAGUCGUGUAUGAUAAAAAUUUCUAGUUUUGAUAUCCAAAAUAGUGAUUUAAGGAAGUAUUUGGAGCUGAAGAUCAUGUGAAGUGAAAAAGUUUUUUAAGCAUAAAGUGAUAUUAUCGUCUCUAAAAAAAUGAUGGAAAAAUAAUUGGAAGGAAAACAAUGUAGAAAAAUUACUUUGAAAGAGAAAUUAAUCGCUUCUACACGUUUUUAGGAAACCAAAAAAUAAAAAAAAAACAAUCCAAUAUAGAGAAGAAAAAAACUUAUGUCGCCUAUUGAAAAUUUAUUAAUUAAUCAAGAGAUUCGGAUAGACUUUGAUCGUAUACCUUUUUGGAAAAAAAAGUUAAAAAAAUAAAUAAACACAUUAAUAUUUUAUCUUUUGCAUCUGCAAUUCUCGUAUCUGAUGUAUAGGAUAUGGCAAGAAUUGCUGGUGGAAAUGAUGAUUUUAAGCUAAGUAGCAGGUAAGAAAAUACAUUUUUCAUCCUAGUAAUAAAAAAAACUUUGUGUUUUAUCUUUGUGGGAUUUUUGAUAUCAAAUGAAGAUCGUUGAAUUCAAAAAAACGAAAAGAAACUCAUUGAGACAGCCCUUUAGAGAAUAAAAUUGCCGAUAUUUGAACACAAAACACUCAACAAAACCGAGCAAUAAGAACCAAAUUCUAAAUUUCAAAUCAACUUUUGUUAUUUGGGGACUAUUUAACUUAAAGAGAACUUAAUGAUACUGCUAAAAUCGAUUAUAAAAAUUCCGGUGAUCAUCAGUGAGCGUUUUCUUCACCUCAAGACUAAAACACCUUUUUAAUCUUGCCCAGAGCUUUCGGUCCGGAUAUGGACCUUCGGAUAUGGACCACUGAAGAAGGUCUAUAUCCGGACCGAAAGCUCUGGACAAGAUUAAAAAGGUGUUUUAGUUUUGAGGUGAAGAAAACUCUCACUGGUGAUUACCGGAUUUUUUAUAAUCAAUUCAUGCUAAAAUCGAUAGUAACUGAGUUAAAUGGUCCCCCUAAUCCACUCGAGGCGAGAUUGUGUGAAUUUGUGAAUCGACUGAAUGAAUUUUUGGGAUGAAUGUGAUUUUAGAUUCUUGAUGUAAAAUAGAGAGAACCCCUAGAAAGGUCUCAAAAAAGAAAUGGGGAAACAAGUAGGGACAAAAUCAAUCAACUUACUAAUAAUUCUAACUUUUAAAAUCUUAGCAAGAGCAAAAAGAAAACUAGUUUAAAUUGUGCGUGAGAUGGACAGUAAAGACCCAACACACAAAAUAAAUCACACCAUAAUUAAUUAAUCUUAGUGUUUUAAAAUAUAUUAGUCACGUCGUUUCACCUGUAAUGCAGAAUAAUUUAAAUUGAUACAAAAUUUAGUUCUUAUGUUUGACCAAUUUUAAAAUGAAACGCUGAACCAAGAUGUUGAGCUGUUUUUAAUCAGUUUUCAUUUUUACAAUGUUUAUAAACAAAAAAAAGAUAUUAUGUGAUUCUACCUAAUCAAUAAAUGAAUUUUGCAAUUACUGAUUGUACCUCACAGUGACACUUUUUUUCAAACAAUAUUUCAAUUCAAUUUCGUAUCCCUAACUUGGAGUCGCAGGUGAAUUUUUCCGGCAAAAAAAGAAAAUGCCAUCACCAUCUCCCAACGAAAUUGAAUUGAUUUAUUGGCAAAAUGUGUCACAAUUUGGAUUUUUAAAUGGAAGAAUAUGUGCGUGAGAUUGAAAUUGAAGUAAAAUAAUUUAUUGCAAAGAAUUAUGGAGGAAAGUAAAUAAAAUUUUAUUCAAUAUUAUUGUAAUAAAUACAUAAUGAAGAAAGAAAAGAAAAACAAAACGUAGAGAAGAAGAAAAAAGUGAAAAGAAAAAUUUGUAAUUAUAUCAAAGAGUAAUGUGUACCAUGAAUAAGUUGUGAGAUCACAAGUCAAGUCUCCUAAAUAAUUAUACUAUUUUAGUUGGUCAUUUUCGCCCCAUCAAAUAAAAUGAGCUAUUGCCAAAACUAUGAUUUUUUGCAAAGAAAAUGUGUAAAAAUAAAAAUGAAAAAAGGCUAAAAUGGUAACUUCGCAUUUGGAUUAAAAUAAAAAAAGAAAAAUUUUAAUUCCAAAAUGCUGCGUUUGGGGCAACCUUCUCAGAUCAUCUGAUGAAAUCACGUACAAAUGGGGACUUGCAAAUGUGCUCUCAGACCUAUUCCUAUGGUCUUCCUCUUAUAUUAUUGCUAAAGUGAAAAAUACCAAGUAUGAAAGGAGAUUUUUUCUUGACUCAUGCUCUAAGAUGAUGUCAAAGUAAAUCCUUAAGAUAGUUAUGAGAGACUUUGAGAAAUUUAACAUAUAAAAUUGAGAGAAAUACACCAAACAUCUAAUAUACGGUUUCUUUCAGUAGUAAAAGUAUUCGUUAAUGCAAAAUCAACGUCUAAAAGUGUAUAGAAGAAGGCUACAUAGACGAUUUAACAGCAUUUGUAGAACCAAAUUUCUGAGGCGUUCAAUUUAGAGGCUUUCCCGAGGGGUGAAUAGCUUUCGUUUUUUCAUAAAUAAAUGGAAAAACUGCAUUUAUCUGGUGUUAAAAAUGGCAAUAAGUUUGUGUGAAUGCCAUCAAUCUCCUUGGAGACGUCUACCACAUUCAUGAAAUCCGUUUAAAAAUCGCUAAUUUGUUCUUUAAAAUCGGCGCCGAUUUAACCUUACAUUUUCAUUGAUGUUUUUAAUAAACUUUUUUACUAACGAAGAGGAAAAAAUUUCAUGUUUUAAAUAAUUUUUUCUUAUGAAAACAUUGGACUUUAAACUUAUUUAAAAAUCGGAACUAUUUUUUUCUAAUAUCGGCAAUCGGCGCCAAGAUGUUGUUCGGAAAAAAUUUCACGAUUUAAAUAUAAAUUUGACAUUGGUUUUCGUGAAAACAACAGCCGAUUAAAAAAUCGGCGCCAAGGUGUAUGAUGCAUUUGAAAAAAAUCCUAAUUCAAGAAUUAUUGUAACAAAACAGAGAAAAUUACAUGAUUUAAACAUAAAUUUGACAUAACUCUUCGUGAAAACUUUAGCAAAGGACGUAAAAUUUAUUUAAAAACCUGUGGUAAAUUUUUCUGGGAUCGCUAAUCGGCGUCGAGGUGUCUAGACAUUUUAUUGAAGUUUAAUUUUCAAUCACGAUUGUAACAAAACGGAGAAGAUUUCAUGUUUUUAAUACAAAUUUGAUAUUAUUCUUCAUGAAAACAUCAGCAAAACACGUAAAAUAUAUUUAAAAACCGGCGGUAAAUUUCUCUGAGAUCGCUCAUCGGCGUCGAGGUGUCUUGACAUUUUAUUAAAAUUCUUUUCAAUCGCGAUUGUAACAAAAUGGAGAAGAUUUCAUGCUUUAAAUGCAAAUUCAACGUUAGUCUUCGUGAAAACAUUAGCGGGAUGCGUAAAUCUUAUUCAAAAAUUGGCGUUCAAUUUCUCUGAUAUCACAAAUCGGCGCCGAGGUAUCUUGAAAUUUUAUUGAAGUUUUUUUUAAUCACGAUUAUAAUAAAAAUGAAGAAAUUUUCAUGUUUUUUAUACAAAUUUGACAUUAUUCUUCAUGAAGACAGCGGCAGAAGACGUAAAACUUAUUUAAAAAAUCGGACGGUUAAUUUUCUCUGACAUCGGCAAUCGGCGUCAAAACGACUUAGCAUUUUCAAUGAAGUUUUUAUUGAAUCCUAACGGCGAUUGUAUAAUGUUUAAGGCAAAAUUUUACAUCAACCUUUAUGAAAACAUAAGCAAUAGACAUUGAAAUUACUUUAAAAUUGCCAUUAAUCUUCUCUGAAAUGGAUAAUCAAUGCCGAGUUGCCAAAAAAUUCUAACUAAACAUUCUCUUGAAGUUCUAAAACCAACAAAAAGGACUGAAUUUUGUGUUUCAAGUCGGAUUUGACAACAAAUUCAUCUAAUACAUUCAAAAAAUAAAUUUUUAAAAAUUAAUUGGCAGUAUUUUUUUCUAAAAUCGGCAAUUGGCGACAAUGAGUAUGUCUAAAUUUGAAAUUGAAAUUUUCGUUAAAUCAUUAAACCGAGAAGAGCGCUAAUUAGAUGUUUCAAAUGCAAAUUACACAGUAAAAAAAGAUCACAAGGAUAGUCGUUGGUUUGCUUUUAUACCACGAUUAUUCUUGUAAAGUUACUCGAAUAGGUAUUUCAGCAAAACUCGUAAUCUGAAAAUGUGUAAUUUAAAUUUUAUGUAAUGGUAAACUGUAUAACCAACUGCGAAUGAUCACGCAGUUGUGUAGAUUUCCUUACAUAUGUCGUGUAAAAUUACACAGUUUUUUAGACAAAAUGUGUACAAAUUACACAGUUUUCAGACAAAAUGUGUACAAAUUACACAGUUUUCAGACGAAAUGUGUACAAAUUACACAAAUAUGUAUGAGUACAUACGAUUUCAUGUUUAUGUUAAAUUUACACUGAAAAUCAUGGUAAAGGAGCUGAAAAUUUUCUAUUGUGUAGCUUUGAACCCCGUUAACUCUUUCGUCUCUUUUGGGACGAGAGUACCCAAAGCAGCAUAUGAAUGUUCUGUGAAAAACAAUGUUUUUUAAGUUUUCAGAACUGAUAAAAAUCCUAUUUUUGUGGAUGAUUACAAACUAUAAGGAUGUCCAAAUGUAAGAUAUUUUUUGUAGGACCUCAAUUAAUUCCUGAGCUUAGAUAUUUUUGAUUAAAAAUUGUGAAAUUGGCUUGCAGCAUAUGCUGCGGUCCGGAAAGAGUUAAGUAAUCGGCACUUAGGAUUCAAUUCAUUUAGAAAUCGGCUCCAGGUAUCAUCAAACUCAAAAACCGGUGUAGUUACUUAAAAUUAAUAAGAACUAAAAAAUGAUAAAAAGAAAUACUCAGUCUAAGUCUUUUAUUUAUUCAUUUUCAACCGUUUACCGUAAUCGGGGUAGCAGGCCUAGGACACCAAACUUCGCAGCUCACGCCUGGAUCCCUCGCUAUUUUAGGAAGAUGUUCACAGUCGAUCCCAAGGCGCUCCAAGGCAAGAUCAUAAGUCAAAUCCUGUUUUGAAAAAUCGCCAAAUCGGCAUUCAAAAAACAAUCUUUAAAGACAAAACUAUAAACCCCUCGAACUUCCAGCGUUUUCUGUACACUUUAGACUUGAAAUCCUAUUCACACAAUUUAAAAAUGCAAGUUUUGCCACAGAAAAAGCAUCAGUCAAUAGAAAGUUUUUAUUGUGGAAAAUUAUUUCAUUUUAUUGGCUAAUACUUUUCAUGGUGAACAUGCCUUUCCGUAACUUUUAAAUACGAAACAGACCUCUAAAUGUAUAUUUUUAAGGGAACAUCUGUCUUCUCCUUAAUCCCAAAGCAAUCCUGCAUACAGAGAAAUACGGAAUUACAGAAUUUCUAAAGACAUUUUAUAGUUAAUAGCAGAAAAAUAGUGGACAAAUCAACAGAUUGUAAAAUCGUAAAAGAACAAUUUUCGUCGAUGAAUAAACAAUCAAUUGCAUUUAGCGCAAAAACUAAAAAUAUUUCCAGUGAAUGUAUGUAAUUCUAAUUAGCACGAAAGCAACAUAACCGGUCUACAAUAGCUUAUAGAAAAGACAUAGUAAAGGAUAUCUAAAGGAUACAUUUAAAUGGAAAAUAGUAAAACGACAGUUUAAUGCAAUUAUGUACAAAACUUGAUUUGAGUUAUUUUCGAUUGAUAACAAUAUGCUGGGAUUGAUCGUAAAUAAUUCCAACCGGGUCCAUCGCCUUUCAACACAUUUUGAAAACGAUGUACAAAAAGAGAAAAGAGUCUUUUUUUUACAUACAAACAUGGACAACAAAGAAAAUCGUGGAAAUCCCAUCCAGCGUUCUCAGUGAGAAAACAUUCUAAUAAUUUGGUUGAUAUCCACUGGAGAAAUCUCUCUCAGAGGACCCCGAGAAAGGUCAUAAAUACCGGCUAAAUUAUGAAAAAUUUUAAGGAAAAUUUAGAUGUUUUAUACACACAUGCAAAAUAUCCAAGAAAUUCCUUUGAGUGACUUUAGUUAUUUCACCUGAAAAAUUUGAUUAGAGCAAAAACACACAAUUUUUGUGCUAAUGCUAAUAUUAAUAUAAUUGUAUGUGUGAAUAAGCAAAAAAAUAUAUACUGCCAAACGUGUAAUACCUCAAAGUAAUUAUGAAAAAGAGAUAAAUGAAUCCCAUUUACUAGCCCAGUUGUAUCAUAUCAUGUUUAGUAUCAAAUUUACUAGAUGAAAUUGCUAAAGUCAUCGAGCAUCUCCUUCGCAUUCGAAAGUAAAAGAGAAAAAUAAAUUUCCUCUUAGUACUAAUAAUAACAAAUUUUCUUGAUUGUAAAACAAAACUACAAUGAUAAAUGGUAAAUUUAAAAAAAAUAUUGUGCAAUUAAAUUUUACUUUUCGCUUUUUUUCUACCGCAAAAUACCUCAAAAGUAAAUUAGUAAUAGAAUUUUUAAAUUAAAAAAAA